GUCAAAGUUCGGUGGAUUUUCUUCCUUUUUCCAGAUUUUUUUAUUUGAAAUCCAUCUAAUACUUGCAAACUUUCUAGUUCAACAUUUAUAAUUUAAAUAAAAUCUAUAUAUGUAGCAAAUUAUGGUCUACAUUUAAUGCAAUGGCUCAUCUACUCUUGUGUGCAUCUCUCUUGUCUUUCCUAUUCUCUACAACCAAUGGAGAUGACUCCAUUGCCAUGUUUAAACUAGCCAACGCCCUAACCCCCAGCCUAGGUGGGCGCUGGCCCAACAAUAGAAGUACUGACUACUGCACAUGGGACGGGGUUAAAUGUGACUCCUCGUUACGCGUUGUUGGCAUCAAUCUCGAAAGCAGAAACCUCGCUGGCACCCUUCCCGCCGAACUCUCUACUCUUUCUCAACUCAAUUUCCUCAAUCUCCAGGAAAACCAUCUUUCCGGUCCCCUUCCUUCUCUAACCAAUCUAAGCUUGCUCCAAGAACUACGUCUUGACUCUAACAGCUUUACCAGUAUCCCUCAAGGCUUCUUUAAAGGACUUGCCAACUUGAAGGUCCUGAGCAUGAGUCGUAAUACCUAUUUAGCUCCUUGGACUAUUCCUACUGAUCUUACUGAAUGUGUGAGUCUAAUGACUUUCGAGGCAUGUGAAGCCAAUAUUAUUGGCUCUAUACCUGACAUAUUUGCCUCCUUUCCCAGUUUGCAGAAUCUCAGGCUAUCUUACAACAAGUUGACAGGAACCUUGCCUGCAUCAUUUGCAAGCACAGAAAUCCAAAACUUGUGGCUCAACAAUAUGGGAUUAUCAGGUGCCAUUGAUGUUCUAUCAUCAAUGACACAAUUAAAACAGGUUUGGCUUCAUAGGAAUAAAUUUUCAGGACCAAUUUCAGAUUUCUCAAACUGCAAGAGUCUAUUCGAUCUGCAGAUUAGCGAUAAUCGGUUUACUGGGAUUGUGCCGGCCUCCUUAAUCUCACUUCCUCAAUUGUUAAAUGUUUCUUUAUCAAACAACAAAUUGCAAGGUGCUGUUCCUGAGUUCUCAAGCAAUGUUAGAGUUAGUGAUGGUAUUAACAAUUUUUGUGUGAGCACUCCUGGAGUUCCUUGUGAUCAACAGGUGAAUAUAAUGCUGGAGAUUGCAGGUGCUUUAGGAUAUCCAGAGGCUUUGUCAAAAUCUUGGCGAGGAAAUGAUGCUUGCGAGAACUGGGCAUUUAUUAUCUGUGAUGAACAGAAGAAUAUAACUACUGUCAAUUUCGGAAAGCAACAUUUUGCAGGAACUAUAUCUCCUGCAUUUUCCAAUCUUACAGCUUUGACCAAUUUGUUUCUGAAUGAUAAUAAUUUGACCGGUUUCAUUCCUGAUAGCCUCACUAUGUUGACUCAUCUUCAGGUUAUUGAUCUCUCCAAUAAUAAUCUCUCUGGUAAAAUCCCAGCCUUCUCGUCAUCAGUGAAGUUAAUCAUUAGGCCAGGGAAUCCUUUCCUCAGGAUAGACACAAGUUCAGGGAUUGAAGGGCCAAAUCUUGUGAAUUCUACUGGAACACGACAGAGGGGACACAAGUUAUUGCCAUCCAUGAUUGUUGGUAUUGCUCUUGCUAUUACAACUUUCAUUGCUCUUGUUUUGCUUGCAUCUUUUAAGUACAAGGUCAAGAAAAGGCAUAAAAUGUCAGGAAGAAUUAAAGAUCCAGAGAACAGGAAUAUGUCCUUUGACCAUACUAAUUGUCAUAUUUCGAGAGAAGAUUUUGGGUUUUCAGUCGAACUAAUUCGACAAGUGACUGAUAAUUUCAAUGAGAACAACAUUUUGGGAAAGGGAGGAUUUGGUGUGGUUUAUAAAGGCAAAUUGCAAGAUGAAAGUAGAAUUGCUGUGAAGAGAAUAAAAGCUACUGCAAUAGUUAACAUAGAAGGAAUGGAGGAGUUUCAAGCUGAGAUAGCUGUGCUUACAAAAGUAAGGCACAGACAUCUAGUUUCUCUUUUGGGUUACUGUGUAUAUGGCAGUGAAGGUUUCUUGAUAUAUGAGUACAUGCCUAAGGGAACUCUUGCACAACAUUUAUUCGAAUGGCAUGAACGCGGGUUCUCUCCUCUUACUUGGAACCAGAGGGUUACCAUCGCGCUGGAUGUGGCGCGGGGAGUGGAAUAUCUGCACAACUUAGCUGAGCAGAGUUUAAGUUUUAUUCAUAGAGAUUUGAAGCCUUCAAAUAUACUUCUUGGAGAUGAUAUGAGAGCUAAGGUCUCAGAUUUUGGUCUGGUUAAAAAUGUACCAGCUGGAAAGAAUUCGUCCGAAACAAAAGUGGCCGGAACAUUUGGCUACCUUGCACCUGAAUAUGCUGAAACUGGAAGGGUGACAAGGAAGGUGGAUGUUUUUGCAUUCGGAGCGAUAUUGAUGGAGAUGAUUACAGGAAGAAAAGCCAUAGAUAAUACAAGGGAAGAGGAAGGAUGGAUGCAUAUGCAUUUAGUGACAUGGUUUAGAGGGGUCCUAAUGAACAAACAGAACAUAUUGAAUGUAAUAGACCAAAGCCUAAACCCUGAUGAGGAAACCUUAAAGAGCAUUUGUAAAGUGGUUGAGCUAGCAGAGCAUUGCACCUCCGAUAACCCACGUCGAAGACCAGACAUAGCUCAUGUAGUUAUGGUCUUGGCACCUCUCGUGGAGCAGUGGAAACCUACUAGCCAGGAAGAAGAGGAUCAACACACUUCUUCAACUUCCACUGUGUUCAAUGCAUCACAAUCAUCCUCUAAAUCUCUAGUGGCAAAGGUUAAAACUUUCUUGAUCGAUUCACAAUCACUUGGAAAUAAAAAACUAAAGCAUGUUACAUUCUGAAUAUUGAUGCUAUAUUGCACUUUAAUUUAUAUACUAGGUAGUGUUCGGUGACAGUUUUGAAGAUCAACAUGACUUACCCAUUAAUUAUGGUUUUUGUACUUUAAUUGAGUCAAUCAGUUGACUUUUCUUUCUAUUUGCUGUCUUCAUGGCUAUUCUUCUUUUGCCAACUAUUUCAUGGAAAAUAAA